CUGCCGUAGCCGGGCGGGUGCCGGCAGCGAGCGGCGGCUGCGGGCGGCGCUCCCCCGGUGCGCUCCGAUGGCCGCCGGCCGCCGACCCCCCCCGCAGCCCGGCGGCGGCGGAGGAAGAGGAGGAGGAGGAGGAGGAAGAGGCGGCUGCAGCGGCGAGGACGCGGUGCUGCGGGGCCGCUUCUCGCCGGGGCUGGCCCCGGGGGCGGCCGCCUGGGCGCUGGCGCUGACGGAGCGGGAGCUGCAGGUGCUGCGCCCCGACGGCACCGGCGCCGCGCUGCCCCUGGCCGACUGCGUGGGCUCGGCGGCUUUCCCCUCCUCCUCCCCGGCCUCGUCCUCCUCCGCCGCCUGCUUCUCCGUGGUGUGUUAUCCCUUCCGAAAAGGCCGCUGGGGCUCCCCUGCCCGCCAGCGCCUGCAGAGGACUUUCCGAGUCGCCCACGGCCCCGACGCCGAGGGGAACCUCCGCAUCGCCCAGGCCUGGAGCCAGCGGAUCCGGGAGCUCUCGGUGCCCGCCGUGCCCGUGAGGGAUGGUACCAGCUACGGGGUCCUGCCCCGGCCCUGCCGUGCCCUGGUGCUGCUGAACCCGCAGAGCGGUGCCGGCCGCGCGCUCGAUGACUUCCACGCGGUGGUGCAGCCCAUGCUGGCCGACGCCGACAUCGCGCCCUCCAUCUUCAUCACCGAGAGACCCCACCACGCGCAGGAGAAGAUGCGGGAUGAGGACCUGUCGCAGUGGGACACGCUGGUGGUGAUGUCCGGGGACGGGCUGCUCCACGAGGUGGUGAACGGGCUGAUGGAGCGGCCGGACUGGGAGGAGGCCAUGAAGAAGCCGCUGUGCAUCCUGCCAGGGGGCUCCGGGAACGCCCUGGCUGCCUCCAUCAACUACUAUGCAGGCAACGACCACGUGGCCAAGAAGAAGCUGCUGACGAACUGCACCUUCAUCCUCUGCAAGGGGCUGCACACGCAGAUGGACCUGGUGUCGCUGAGCACGGCCUCGGGCAAGCGCUUCUUCUCCUUCCUGGGCUUCGGCUGGGGCUUCAUCGCCGACGUGGACAUCGACAGCGAGAAGUACCGCCGGCUGGGCAACGCGCGCUUCACGCUGGGCACCCUGCAGUGCCUGGCCCGGCUGCGUGUGUACCAGGGCCGCCUCUCCUACCUGCCCGCCGCCCCCGAGCACGGCGCCCCCCCGGCCCCCAGGGACCCCCCGGCACCCGGCGCCGACGGCCGGGCGCUGCCGGAGGGGGGCACGGAGGGGGCUCUGCCCGCCGACUCGCUGCUGGUGCCGCUGGGCCAGCCGGUGCCGGCGAGCUGGGCGGUGGUCCCCGAGGAGGAGUUCGUCUGCGUCUACGCCAUUUACCAGUCCCACCUGGGCACCAACCUGCUGAUGGCGCCGGCGGCGCGGCUGGACGACGGCUGCAUCCACCUCUUCUACGUGCGGGCGGGCAUCAGCCGCGUGGCGCUGCUGAAGGUCUUCCUGGCCAUGGGCAGGGGCACGCACCUGGACCUGGGCUGCCCCCACCUGCACCACGUCCCCGUCCGCGCCUUCCGCCUGGAGCCGCGGGGCAGCACCGGCGUCAUGACGGUGGACGGCGAGGCGCUGGCCUGCGAGCCCGUGCAGGGCCAGGUCCACGGCCGCCUCGGCCGCAUCGUCUGCGGCUCCUGAGCGGCCGCGGCGCUGAGCCGCGGGCACGGCCGAGCCUUCCUCCCACUCAGGAACCACCUCCUCCUCCUCUAGCAAUAGCUCUCCGGGGCCGCGGGCACCUCGCUUAGCUUUACUCUCUUCGGGACGGACCCAAAAACGAGCCCCGAGCCCCGUCAGGUACUCGGCGCCGGCGAGACGCCCGCGUUUCGCCCCGGUACGAGCGGUACGAGGGGUGCGAGGCCCUGGCCCCGGGGCGGCUGCGCCGGCACAGCCCCGUCCCCGUCCCCCCCCCCCCCGGCUCGGACGCACACGGUGGCACCGCUCGUGUCCCUGCCACGGAGCCAGCCUGACCCGGGGCGGUCAGGACCAAUAGCUAACACGGAAAAAAAAAAAUCAAUUUUUUUUUUUUAAAAUAGAAUGUUUCUACCCAAAGCUUCCUGUAGAAGCAGAGUUUAUUCUUGUGAGAAAGGCAAUAAAUACCUAGCGUUUGCAAAAAAAAAACAACAAAUAAUAAUAAUAAUUAAAAAAAAAAAAACAAAAAA